AUGAUGGCUCUGGCUUAUAAGGAUCCCCAGAAGCUUGCCGCAUAUUCUGUUUCAGAUGCUCUAUGUACUUACCAUUUGUACAUCAAAUAUGUUCAUCCUUUCAUUUUUUCGCUCUCCUCAAUUAUCCCUUUAUCGCCUGACGACGUCUUAAGAAAAGGCACGGGUGCACUAUGUGAGACGUUGCUGAUGGCAGAGGCUUUUCAGGCCCAUAUCAUUAUGCCUGACAAGACUUCCUAUGGAGGCGGACAUAUCAUGACUCCAGAUGGAAAACAUUUAAUUGAUACAGAAACGUAUGUUGGUGGCCAUGUAGAGGCACUUGAAAGUGGGGUUUUCAGAAGCGACCUUCCUGUCCAAUUUAACCUUGAUGUGGACGCAUUGGGAGAGCUACAAAAUGGGCUCCGCGAAACCAUUUUGUUUUCCUUAUUAUCUGAACAUGGAGUCACACCACAAGAAAUUGAAGACCUUGAUUCUAUUAUUGAAGAGCCCAAAAAAACUAUAAAUGCCCUUAUCAAAUGCCCUACUUUUGAAGAAAAGCCGUUGAUAUAUCACUUGGACGUUGCUGCCAUGUAUCCAAACAUCAUUUUAACAAAUCGGCUCCAACCCCCUGCAAUUGUGAGCGAGGAAUCGUGUGCUCUAUGUGACCAUAAUCGGCCAGGAAAGCGCUGCCAACGCUCAUUGGAGUGGUCAUGGCGUGGUGAGCACUUUGUGGCACAAAAAAACGAAAUCAAAAUGAUUCAAAAUCAACUCUCUGGAGAGGUUUUUCAAAAAGGUGGCAAAACUUUACGAUGGGCCGAUCUUUCACCACUCGACCAGGAGACCAUUUUUAAGAAGCGAUUGUCCUCAUAUUGCAGGAAAAUUUACAACAAAAUACAUUCCACCAGCAUUGAGAAAAGAACGUCUAUUGUAUGCCAGAAAGAAAAUCCAUUCUACGUUGACACUGUUAAAAGAUUUCGAGAUCGUAGAUACGAGUAUAAAACUCUUCAUAAGGAGGCCAAAAAGACUCUGGAAAAGGCAUUCACAUCCUCGGUAGCCUUGGAAGAGGCAAAAAAGCUUGUUGUAUUGUAUGAUUCUUUACAAUUAGCCCAUAAGGUUAGCAUUGGUUUUCUUUUCUUAGGUCAUCCUGAACUCUUUUUAUGGAUAUGCGUUGUUUGUGAAACAGGAGGAUCAAUAAUUCGAUUGGCAAGGCAGUGGAUGGAAAGGCUGGGACGUCCACUUGAGCUGGAUACUGAUGGUAUUUGGUUAAUGCUUCCCGCAUCGUUCCCGGACAGUAUCAAGAUACCCCUAAUUUGUGGAAGGUCGAUCACUCUCUCAUAUCCUUGUGUCCUUCUAAACAGGCUUGUUCACUCUCUAUUUACCAACGACCAAUAUCAUUCUCUUUUAUCUCCAACUUCAUGUCCGCCAAAGGAUCGUCAAUAUGAAAUUAAAAGUGAAAAUUCAAUUUUUUUCGAGAUUGAUGGUCCCUAUAGGGCCAUGAUCCUUCCAGCSUCCAUGGAUGAAGAUAGGCUUUUAAAAAAACGAUAUGCCGUAUUUUCUUCUGAUGGAUCUUUAGCUGAGCUAAAGGGAUUUGAGGUCAAGCGAAGAGGAGAGCUUCGUUUGACAAAGCUUUUUCAAAGCGAGCUUUUUAAUGCUUACUUGGAGGGGUCUUCACUCCUCCAAUGCUAUGAACAUGUUUCAAAGGUAGCAAGCAAAUGGCUGGAUUUGCUUGAUUCAAAGGCCAAAUUGCUAUCUGCUCAUGAGCUUUUUGAAUUGGUUACUGAAAGCAGAACGAUGAGCAAGCCCUUGAGCCAUUAUAGUAAUUCUGCUAAAUCUCCCUCCUUGACGACGGCAAAAAGGCUGUCAGAAUUUCUCGGGAAUGGCAUUCUUGCUGGAGGCGGAACUUCAGCGUCGCUUACGUGCGCCUAUGUCAUCGCAAAUGGAUCUUCGAAUUUCUCUGUUGCAGAAAAGGCGAUUCCAGUUGCAAUAUGGUCUGCAGAAUCCGAGGUCCGUGAGUUUUAUUUGACAUCGUGGAUAAAAUCGAUUGGGGGCAAUACGUCUUCCUUGUCCUUACAUGAUGUGCUGGAUUGGGCAUACUAUAAGGAGAGAUUUAUAUCUCUUGUCCUUAAACUGAUAGUAAUACCUGCUGCUAUGCAGGGGAUAGCAAAUCCGUUUGGAAAGCGGGUCCAAGCACCGUCAUGGUUGAUGCACUCCGGGAAAAAUAUUUCAUCGGACAACAAGAAAAUUCAGCAGUCGCUAAAGAAUUCGUGGAAGGCGAACUCAGCAAACCUCUCUAUGAUUGAAACUGUUCCUUUUUUGGAGGACCCGGCCCUUCUCCUGAUACCUGAGAUACAAGUUUGCAAGUCUCAAGCACCACGGCAUGAACUGCUCCACUCAAGUUACAAAAAAUGGCUUCAAGCAAUGAGAUUCCGUUGGUCAUCUAUUAAUGUUGCAAAGAAAAAAAGAGGCACUAGAUGGUCACUUCCAUCCUUCCACCAGGGUCCUUGCUCGGUUCUUGGAGUUUCCUUGCUCAAGAGCGAAAGAAAGUUUCGAGUCUGGCUACUUCCAUUAUACUACAAUGGAAAGGGCGGGCCUCUCAGUAGCCUUCAAAGAUUUGAUAUUGAGAUUCAAGAAGCAUUUUCGGUUUGUGUUGAGGUUGAGCCAGCUGGAAUUGCAUCUUUCCUUCAGUAUUGUAAAUUGAAACAUUGGUCUGUCCUUUAUGAACAAGAAAAGGCUCCAUAUUCAAUAUUGCCCGAUGGAACGGCACCAGAAGGCGUUUUAUUGUGGAUCACACAGCCCUCUUUUGGUGCGAACUUGAUAUUCCAUCAAAAUGUCCUUGCGAUCUACGAAAUGGCCGAUCCUCAUUUUAAGGCACUGCUUGAAAUCGGCGCUGUUGUUAAGGGUUCAACAUCAAUCUGCACCAGGAAAGACGAAAUAUCCAAUUUGUACUUGCCAUGUAGCCUUCCAAUUUUGUUCGUAUUUCAUAGCGAGCACAAAAACUCGAACUUUUUGCUGAUCAUUUCGGAGACACCGCCUUCACUGAAGGCCAUCAUUAUUAGCUCUGGCAUUGAAGCUAUUUCAAAGAGUGCAGCCGAAAAAAUCGCACUCUCAAUGAACAUUGAGAUCUCUUCAUUUACAAUCGAUACCACCUCUAGUACCAAGCAGUUCGCCAAUUCGCUUUUACACCAUCUAAAUACAAUAUAUAGCGCUACUUCUGCAUUGUUGGUGAUUCAAAGCAACUCAGAUCUUUUAAGUCGGUCCAUCAACCAAGAAGAACGUCCAAUAUUAUGGAGAAAAUUGGCAAGCUCCGGGCCCUCCGAUAUAUCUCAGGCUUUGGCUCUUUCUCAAUACUAUUUGAAGGAAUCUUUCCAUUCAUUUCUUUCUGUUCAACCUUGGAUAAAGGAUGAGCUUGAUAUCUGUCGUACGCUUAAUAUCCCGCUUUGUCGGCAAAACUGGCCUCAUGAUGAAUGGGCAAAUUUGGAUAUUGCUUACGUGAGAUCCCUAAGGGCAUCCGGUCGUGUUUUCUCGAUGAAAUGUGAUCAAGAGCGGUCUAAUCUAAAUUUGGGGGAAUAUCUUUCCAUCCAAAGUGCAUUGUUGGAAACCAAAAAUUGUUCUCUAAAUACGAAGCCUCUUCUGGGGGUUUCUUUUAACAAGCAUCAAGAAAGACCUUUUCCCGAUCAAAGUUGUGCGAAUACUUUUCUCAACCAACCCGGGUUUUAUGAGAAUGUUUGCUUUAAACUCGAACUAAAUUCGAUUUUCAUUUGCGCAGUUUUAGAAGCCUCUGUGCUUAUCCCAUCUGAUAAUGUAGAUACGAACGCAAGCACAGAAGAUGAUGCAGAGCUUUGCAUCAAAAAAGAUGCACAAAAGUACCUUAAUGGCGUCGAGGAUAGUUCAUCUCCGGUCCUAAGAAGAAUGAAUCGAAUAAUCAGAGAAACAUUGAAAUCCGAAUCUUUCGUAACAUCUUUGGGUGCUUUUCCUAUCCAUACCAUGCAGGGGAAGCAGUCAAUUUUGCCUCUUAUCAAUCUCGUCAGCAGUCUAUUGAAGAAGCAAGCACAGGGUAUGUCAGGGCCUAUUGUUGUACUAGGCUUUUUUGACAAUUGGAUUUGCAACUCGUCAGGGCCUGCGUCUAAUCUGCUGGGAAGCAUUUAUCAAUUGAGGCAUAAACUUUUUCUAUUGCUAAUAUCAGAGUUUAAUCGAUUAGGCUUAACCGUCGUGACGCUGGGAAAUCAGCCUUCAGAAAAAUCGGUGUCCACGGCGUUGCUGAUUGCCACCAACAAAUCUGACGAGUCAAGUGCGCUUUACCACUUGAAUUGGGCAAUUGGCGAAAUUGCUAAAACGCCCGGUCUAUGUUGGAUAGACUUGAACCUUGUGACGGGCUUGAAGAGAUUGUUUUGGAUGGAUCGCUUUAACUACUUUAGCGAGCUGUUGACAUCGGAUUCUGGCGUUUCGGCUGACUGGAUUUGGAGCUACGCUGCCAAAUUGCUCCCGCAAGACGCUGCUGCCUGGGCUUCGAAGGCAAUUCAUCUGGUAUUUGAAGGUCUCUCGUCCAUCUUUCCUACCUCUGAAGACGAACCUCAAUUUAGCGAAAAGAUCGUGAUGGAUCUUUUUGGUCUUGUUCAAGAAUUUGCCACCGCCUACGAUGAUAAAGAAAACAAUUCCCCGCAUGUGUCGAUCGUUUUUGCUCGUCUUAUUUCUAUGCUACUUUCAACGGACUCGAGGAUUUCAAUGGUUGAUGUAAAUUCUAUCAGCAGAUCUUUACUUGCCUUGGCCUCGGGGACCAAUGUAAUUAAUUCCUCAUUGAAGACUCUCCAUUUGUUCGAUCAGAACAACGAACUACUUUGCCUUGAAAGCGAGGAGAUAUUUGUCUCUGUGAAAUGCCAAAACUGCACAUCAACAUGUACGAUUGAUUUGGCUGCUGAUAAGCCUGUUUGUCCGUACUGUCAUUUUGGUAUUUCUGAAAGCCAGGCCACUCAGGCUGCAUACGGCCAUUUGCAAAUAUUGCUCUGGGAUGUGUGUUCAGCCUCCGACGUUGCCUCGUUUGAAUGCUAUUCUUGCGGUACCACUUCAAAUCGUUCUGUUUCUAAAUGGUGUCCAAAGUGCACCAAAGCAUAUUCCUCUGUUCACAGCAUCCGUUGGAAAACCUGCACAAAAGAGCUGGAAAGAGUUACACGCAUUUUUGGUAAAAAGAUCGCCAGUUUUGUAUGA